GCGGUACACCCUCAAACGCGUUUUCACCGAUCCACACGGACGAUACACCGUUUGUAGAGAGAGAAAUACCGAUAAUUCUAGAGAGAGAAAGCUCGUUUCGAUUCUAGAGAAGAGAGAGAGAGAGAGUGUUCGAGAUCUGAUACAGAGUGAAGGUAACUCUACUCUGCGUGUUUCAUUCUUCUUGUUUUUUUUUUUUUUUUCGAUUUUUUUUGUUGAAAUUGAUCGGUGAAAAACCCUAAAAUUUUCUGAUUCUUCUUCACGGGGUUUGAUUUGUUCAAUUUUGGUUCAAUUAAACCCUAGAUUUGAAUUCUAAAAUUUUCUAGGGUUUGGAGUUGUUUUUUGGUGAGGGAAAAUUAGAAUUAGGGUUUUGAAUGAAUGGAUUCGGGGACUGUAGUUGAAGAUAAGGUAGUUAGAGAGAUACAGAGAUACUCGGAGGGGAAAGUAUACACGAGAAAAGUUUUCAAAGUUUCAGAGGAUAAAGUUAAUUCCUUGAAAGUUGAUCAUUCAGAGGAUAAAGUUAAUUCCUUGAAAGUUGAUCCUCAUACUCAUUCUGGUGCUACCACCGCCACCGUCACUGUUGAUGGGACGAAGGAUAACGGGAAUAAUGUUUCGGCUCAACAGUUGGAUAGUGUUUUGGUUCCAGAGGAUGGGAAUUCGGCUCUGCCAGUUGUGAAUUCUAGGUUGGAAGUGGUUUCUGAAGAUUCGUCCAGUUUGUAUCGUAAGCAAGAUGAGCAUUUUAGUCUUGAUGUUGUUCAGCUGGAAGAUGGUAAUGAUUUGUUUGAACCAGCUUUAAGAUGUAAUGAUAAGAAGGAGUUGGAGAAUGGUGUUAAGAAUGGACUGGCUUCACGGUCGAAGCAAGAGAUGCGGGAGAUUAAGAGGAAGCUUGAGGGCGACCUUGAAACGGUGAGGUCUUUGGUGAUUAGGAUUGAAGAGAAACAACGGAUGGCUGGGAGGUUUGGUGGUGGUUUGAAUGUGUCUGUGGAUCGGUAUAGGGUUGAUAAUGGGAGUGGAGCUAAGCGCGCUCACUCUGAGGUAGCUUCUGCAGGUGUUCCAAGAGAGGCUAAUAGGUUUACACGCCAGUUAAGUGUAAUGGUGUUAGAGAAUGGUCACGGGAUUAGUGAAAGCGUUGAGAAGGAGAAGAGAACACCGAAGGCGAACCAGUUCUAUUCCAAUUCGGAAUUCUUGCUUGCGAAAGAUAAGUUUCCGCCUGCAGAGAGUAACAAGAAGUCAAAAUCACAUGGAAAGAAGCAUGGCGUUGGAGAAAUGGGACAUGGAUUUGGGAUAGUAUCGAAGUAUUUGAAGAACUGUAGCUCAUUGCUUGAAAAGUUGAUGAAACACAAGCACGGUUGGGUGUUUAAUACUCCAGUGGAUGUUGAACGUCUUGGUUUGCAUGAUUAUUUUAUCAUCAUCUCACAGCCGAUGGACUUGGGUACUGUGAAGUCGAGGCUGAGCAAGAAUUGGUACAAAUCACCAAAGGAGUUUGCGGAGGAUGUGAGACUUACUUUUCGUAAUGCCAUGACAUAUAAUCCUAAAGGGCAAGAUGUUCAUGUAAUGGCGGAGGAGCUAUCGGCAUUAUUCGAGGAAAGAUGGGCCAUUAUAGAGUCGCAUUACAAUCAUGAGAUGAGGUAUGGCAUGGAUUAUGGGCCCGCUAUUUCUGCACCUUCACCUCUGUCUAGAAAGGCUCAUGCUUUCCGGCCACCGCCUCUUGACAUGAGAAGGAUUGAUAGAUCAGAUUCAAUAACAAAACCUCCAAAUCCCAUGAGUUUGACUCGUUCUGCUCGAACUCCUGCUCCAAAAAAGCCGAAGGCAAACGAUCCUGAUAAAAGAGACAUGACAUACUAUGAAAAGCAAAAACUUAGCACACAUCUUCAGAAUCUACCACCUGAUAAACUAGAUGCUAUUGUACAGAUCAUUAAGAAACAAAAUUCGGCACUUUCCCAACAUGAUGACGAAAUUGAAGUGGACAUUGAUAGCGUGGAUGCAGAGACUCUUUGGGAGCUUGAUAGAUAUGUUACCAACUAUAAGAAAAGUUUGAGCAAAUACAAGAGGAAGGCCGAACUUGCGAUUCAAGCUAGAGCAGAAGCUGAGCGAAUUGCCCAGCAGAAGAGCCAAGAACCACCAGUUAUAGUUGAGGCCCCGAGAGAAAGACAAGCAGAUGAAAGAAAUGAUCCCUCAUCCUUGCCUGUGCAAGGGGAAAUUCGAGUAGAUAAUGGGAGUAAGACAAGUAGUUCAAGCAGCUCAAGCAGUGAUUCUGGCUCUUCAUCUAGUGAUUCUGAUAGUGAUAGUUCCUCAGCAUCCGGGUCUGAUGCAGGGUCACAAUGAACCUAAAUACCUCCCGUAAGAUGUCAGAUAUUUAGAUUAGAUAGUGUUGCGAUGCUUGUCUAGUUGAUUCUUUUGAAGCUUCCAGAUUAUGGAUCUGAAUUUGGCAUUUGGUUUGUAGAGGAAGCUUCUGAAGGUGACUGUGAUCUCCUAAUGUGCAGUAGAUGAUCUUUUUCUCUCAUUACAUAAAACUGUUGAUCCUUUGCAAUUUAUGGCCUUAUUUGCGAAAGCAGAUCCUUUGCAAUUUAUGGCCUUAUUUUCGAAAGCAUGCUCUUGUAUAAUAUUUUGUAGAAUAUGAAGAUAAUUAGAUAGUUUUUUUGUAGGAGUGUACAAUGUACAUCGCUAACUACUGUUGACUACUUACUACUCAUGAAGUUCCAUUGAUGAAUUGUUAUUUUGUGCUGGCAAAUUCAGGAUUCUAGGUGUUGUAUCAAAGAAAAAUUGUAAUUCCAAGUUCUUCAAGUCAUUAUUGGUUUACAUGAAA